AAUGAAAAUACUAUAGUCAAAUAAAUAUACAUUUCAUACCUUAUACAAUGGAAUAUAAAGAUAUUGCAAUAUCUCAAAUUGGAAAAAAAUAAUAUUUAAUCAUAGAAUAUAAUAUUUUAGAUUUGAUAUUACUCUUAGAUAACUCUUAAUAUUAAUUGUUGGUAUGUAAUAUUUUGAUAUAAAUAAAUGAAAGUUGCAAGGUAAACAUCGAUUCAUAUUUUCUUUUCCAAAUACCAAAAAACAUGGCAAAAAAAAGUAAAGGUCGCCAGAGGAUCACAAUGGCCAAGAUGGAAAAUGAGAGUAACCUUCAAGUUACUUUUUCGAAAAGAAGAUCCGGCCUUUUCAAAAAAGCUAGUGAGCUUAAUACACUUUGUGGUGCAGAUAUCGCCAUUGUUGUGUUCUCACCUGGUGGAAAAGUCUAUUCUUUUGGUCAUCCAAGUGUGGAGAUCGUGCUUAACCGGUUCAAAAAUAUCAACCAGCCAACUCUUAACCAAAACAACAACAUGCGACUUAAUGAAGCGCGUCCGAAUGAUGCCAUUCGGGUUAUGAACGACUUUCUUACUCAGGUGAUGAAUGAUUUGGAAUUAGCAAAAAAGAAAAAUGAAGAAUUAAAAAAAAUGAGAAAAAACUCGAAAAUGCCUGUGAAUUGGUGGGAAGAUCCCGUUGAAGAACUUGACUUAGCUCAUGCCAAAGAGUUUAAAAGUUUACUGGAAAAGUUGAAAAGUUAUGUUACAGAGGAGGCCUCCAAACAUUUCCAAGCAAUCUUUCCUCAGCCAAACUUCUAUGGCGGAAGUUCCAGUGGUGCUCCUUUUAGGGAUGGUGGUUAUAUCAGCCCUAAUUUGGACCCGAGUGAAAGAAGAAUGUUCAACAUGAAUGCAUACUACAACCAGAACAUGUAUCCUCCUAAUUAUCCAUUACCGUAUGGAAACAAUAAUUAUGCGGGAGGAUUUGUUCCAGAAUACAAUUUAAACUACAUGCAUGGGUUUAAUCAGUACCGGAACCAAAACCAAAAUCUGAGUUUUAAAGAAGAAGGCAUCUCCGAGAAUGAAUGCCAUCAAGAUGGCCCUCCUCCUCAUCUUUGAUCUGAUUGUGACUGAUCGUUUCUAUAUGAUCCAGUGGAGUAUCUAGACAAAAAAAUGUUUUAUCCUCAUUUCUUCUUAGUAUGUUGUGUUUUUCUCCUUUAUGUUGUAUUUUUCUCAGAUUUGGUGUCUUUUGUUUUCAAUAAAAACAGAUUUAUUUUUCUCAAAAUACACAUGAAAAUUUAUCGUGAAAAGAUACCAAGUAUAAAUAAAUUGUCUUACAUUGUCUUUUGUAUCCAAGGAAAUGUAUAAUAGAUACUACACUAUUUUAUAAGAAUAUAAAGACUAUAAAAUUCAAUGAAAUAAUAUUAAAGAAAAUAUAAUAGAUGAAAGCAAAAUCCUCCAUAUUUUUCAUGAUCCUUAAAAACACGCAGAUUCCAUAUCAAACAAACUUAAGAGUACCCAGAAUCCUCCAUUGUGAUAUAGAAUAUAUACAACCUUUACUCAGAAAAGACUGGCUUUGCUUGGUUAUGUGUAUAAGAAGUAAUUUCCAAAACAUAUAUAGACUAGAUAUCAAGUAUGAAAAGUGUAUGUUUAUUGACUGUGUGAGAAGAUACAAUAUUGUUAAGGGGUAUUGAUUAACAAGAGUAUUGAGGUUAAAGGUUCGUUAUCAAAGAAUUCAGAUCCCCCUCCUCUCGUUUUUGAUCUUUAUUUAUAGGUUUUGAGAGGUGAUCUUAACGGCUACGCUAUUUUCGACGGGUAUUGGGUGCCAUAGUGAUCAUCUUUAAUGCUUUGAAUUUUGUUUAACUCUUGUUUGACUGUAUUACCUCAGCAUGGACCGUCUCAUAGCUCGGGAUAUGCCUAUUUCAUGAGUCUUAUAUCUUCUUAUAGCCCGAGUGACACUGGAUUGGACUCUCGGAUCAGGUUUGAAUUGGAGUGAAACUCACCUUUAAUAUAGAUGUUUAUAAAUGAAAUUACAAGAGUGAUGAUGCAGAACCUAUGACUUAAGGGUCUAACCAACUCAUAAAUGUGAAAACAAGAUGGAUAAAUAGAGAUUUUCAGCAAUGUCAAAAAAAAAUAGAAGAUUUAGCCGGAAAAAUGGCAUAUUCAUUAUAUAUAAUUUUAGUCGAUUCAUAUAAGAACAAACAUAUUGUACCUGAACUGUUAAAAGAUUCAAAUAUAACACAUAAAUUUUAAAUUUAGUACUUAACUGAGUUGAUCUAAAUAAAAAUUAGUCAAACAUACGUAGUUUUAAAAAUAAAUUAUUUUUAUAUAAUAUAUGAUAUUCACACCCACUGAAACUAAUCUUUACCAGUUAAACUACUAUUUUUGGUUGGUAUUAUGGUUAAAACAUAUUUAUAAAUUUUGUCAUCAUUUGCUGACGACAUUUAAUGUGUUUUAACCGUAAUACAAAUAUAUUAUACUUACCCCAAUCUGAGCAGUUAAAAAAUUCAAAUAUAACGAAUAAAUUUUAACUUUAGUGCUUAAUUGAGUUGAUAUAAAUGGAAAUUAGUCAAACAUACAUAGUUUUAAAAUAAAUUGUUUCUUUACAAAAUAUGAGGAUUUAAGCCAAUUAAAACAAACUUUUACCGUUCAAACUACCAUGUUUGGUUGGUAUUAUGGUUAAAAGACAUUUAUUAAUUUUGUCAUUAUUUUUUUAUGACAUUUAAUGUGUUUUAAACAUAAUACAAACAUAUUAUACUUUACUCAAUUUGAGCAGUUAAAAGAUUCAAAUAUAACAAAAAAAAUUUAAGUUUAGUGCUUAACUGACUUGAUCUAAAUCAAAUUAGUCAAACAUACAUAAUUUUAAAAAUAAAAUGUUUUUAUAUAAUAUAUGAGAUUCAAAUCCAGUGAUUCAAAUAUUUACCAGUUAAACUACCAUGUUUGGUUAGUAUUAUAGUUAAAACAUAUUUAUUAAUUUUGUUAUCAUUUGACGACAUUUAAUGUGUUUUAACCAUAACACAAACAUAUUGUACUUUUACUCAAUCUGAACAGUUAAAAGAUUCAAAUAUAAUGAAUAAAUUUUAACUUUAGUGCUUAACUGAGUUGAUCUAAACGAAAAGUAGUCAAACAUAGGUAGUGUUAAAAACAAAUUGUUUCUUUACAAAAUAUGAGGAUUCAAAUCCACUGAAAACAAAGUUUUACUAGUCAAGCGAGACAAUGUUUGAUUGGCGUUAUGGCUAAAACACAUUUAUUAAUAUAACGCAACCUGAGCAGUUAAAAUAUUCAAAUAUAACACAUAAAUUUUAAUUUUAGUGUUUAACUGAGCUUACUAAAUGAAAAUUAGUCAAAUAUACGUAGUUUUAAAAAUAAAUUGUUUUUAUUAUAAUAUAUGAGAUUCAAACCUACUGAAACAAUGUUUACCAGUUAAAGUACCAUGUUUGGUUGGUAUUAUGAUUAAAACAUAUUUAUUAAUUUUGUCUUCAUUUACCGACAACAUUUAAUGUGUUUUAACCACAAUAUAAACAUAUUGCAGUUUACCCAAUCUGAGCAGUUAAAAGAUUUAAAUAUAACAAUUUUUUUUAACUUUAGUGUUUAAUUGAGUUGAUCUAAAUGGAAAGUCAAACAUACGUAGUUUUAAUAAUAAAUUGUUUCUUUACAAAAUAUAAAGAUUUAAGUCAAUUAAAACACUUUUACCGGUCAAGCUACCAUGUUUGGUUGGUAUUAUGGUUAAAAGACAUUUAUUAAUUUUGUCAUUAUUUGCUGACGACAUUUAAUGUGUACUAAACAUAAUACAUAUAUUGUACUUUACUCAAACUGAGCAGUUAAAAGAUUCAAAUAUAACGAAUAAAUUUUAACUUUAGUGCUUAAUUGAGUUGAUUUAAAUGAAAAUUAGUCAAACAUACGUAAUUUAAAAAAAAAAAAAAUUAUAUAAUAUAUGAGAUGGAAACCCACUGAAACAAAUAUUUACCAGUUAAACUACCAUGUUUGGUUAGUAUUAUAGUUAAAACAUAUUUAUUAAUUUUGUCAUCAUUUGAAGACAUUUAAUGUGUUUUAGCCAUAGCACAAACAUAUUAUAAUUUUACUCAAUCUGAACAAUUAAAAGAUUCAAAUAUAACGAAUAAAUUUGAACUUUAGCGCUUAACUGAGUUGAUCUAAAUGAAAAUUAGUCAAACAUACGUAGUUUUAAAACAAAUUGUUUCUUUACAAAAUAUGGGGAUUCAGACCCACUGAAACAAACUUUUACUGGUCAAGCGAAACAAUGUUUGGUUGGCAUUAUGGUUAAAACACAUUUAUUAAUAUAACUCAACCCGAGUAGUUAAAAGAUUCAAAUAUAACACAUAAAUUUUAAUUUUAGUGCGUAACUGAGUUGAUCUAAAUGAAAAUUAGUCAAACAUACGUAGUUUUAAAACAAAUUGUUUCUUUACAAAAUAUGGGGAUUCAGACCCACUGAAACAAACUUUUACUGGUCAAGCGAAACAAUGUUUGGUUGGCAUUAUGGUUAAAACACAUUUAUUAAUAUAACUCAACCCGAGUAGUUAAAAGAUUCAAAUAUAACACAUAAAUUUUAAUUUUAGUGCGUAACUGAGUUGAUCUAAAUGAAAAUUACUCAAACAUACGUAGUUU